GUGGGAUUGGGCACGCGCCGAAACAUUCCACUGUGUGGUGCAGUGGUCAGCACAUGCAUUGUGACAACGCCGGAGCGAGUGUCAGCAGAUGUGUCUGCGCAGGAAGCGUUCAAGCAGUCUGAUGAGUACAAGGUCCAACGUGCAGUCGCCAAGUUCAUGGAGCCUUUCGUCACAAAGAUGCCCAAGCGCAAGGUCAUCCACAGGAAGGUCAUGGACACCAUCGCCAACAGGGUCAAGACAUGGGACGAGCAUGCCACCAUAGUCAGCGGGCGCUUCCAGACUGGCAAGACGGCCGCGGUGGAGGAAGUUCUUCGUGGUGCGCGGGGAAUCUUCAAGCACACGGUGGAAGACGAGAACUGGAAGAAAGAGCUUUACGAUAGCCUGCAGGUUGAUGGACCUGGCAUGUUUGAGACUGUCAUUGUCCGUGUGAAAGCAGAGUUGGCGAAGUUGGCUGACCCCAUCACCAAGACGCCAAUCAUACUGUUUGAAGUCCCACGUAUGGACACCAUUUCUUCGACAACGAAGGACUUAUCCACGGAAGGGGGCAAAGCAGCGCACGUUAUCAUUUCUGCCUCAUCAGCUGCGGCUGCACUGGCGUUCGACGCUGGUAGUGCAAAUCGUCAGAAAGACAUUUGGAUAGAUGACCUGACGGCAGAGGAGGCGAAGAAG